UUGUAUCUUUUUUUUUAACAAAUCGUGAGGCGUACUAUUUUAGAGACGUUAUUGGGGUGUACAUUUCCAUGGUAACACAUAUUCUUUAAGGAUGCUGAGCUGAGUAUGGGAACAGCUGAAAGCACAAAAAGAAAACAAAAGUCAGCUAAUCCAAGCACUGCACAAAGGGAAAGAAAUUCCUGCACAAGCAUGGCAGAUCACAAAGACAACAUAGACGACUUCAAGGUCCAGACGGCCAAGCAUCCAAACAUCAGCUCAGCGCCUUUACGGCCACACAGUGAACAGUCUAGGGAUCGGUCGUCCAAAAGGCUUUCAACUGACUCUAAUGGAACCAGUGAUGGAGGAAUGGGGGGGUCGUCCACACCGGUGGAAUUGACCGCUUUGGAAGAGUCAUUUCGUCGCUUUGCCAUCCAUGGUGACACUCGUGCUACUGGCAAGGACAUGCACGGCAAGAACUGGUCCAAACUCUGCAAGGAUUGUGGUGUGAUUGACGGCAAGAGCAUCACCCUCACCGAUGUGGACAUUGUCUUCAGCAAAGUCAAGAAGAAAUCCUGUCGCACCAUCACAUUUGAUGAGUUCAAGACUGCACUUGGAGAGCUGGCUAGGAAGAAAUAUAAAGAGAAGACUGGGGAGGAAGCAGAGGCCGAGGUCUUCAAGCUGAUUGAGGGCAAGGCGCCUAUUAUUGCAGGAGUUACGCGAGCUGUGGCUUCCCCAACAGUGAGUCGUCUCACAGAUACCACCAAGUUUACAGGGUCGCACAAGGAGCGCUUCGACGACACUGGUCGUGGGAAGGGUAAGGCGGGACGAGUAGACAUAGUCGACACAUCUGGAUACGUCUCGGGAUACAAACAUCAAGGGUCAUAUGAAAAGAAAAUCAAUAAACCUACUAUGGCCAAACCCAUGUGAGGAUGAAGAAAAGGAAAUAAAAAUUUGUUCAUCAACUAGGAUAAUUUUCUAUUAAGAGUACUCAAAACAAAGCACAAAAGAAUAGGAUUUCAUAUAUUUUCCCGCCCAUCUAUUUUGUGUGUGUGUGAGAGAGAAAUGUUUUUGAGUUCCUCUCUUUGUGAAAGUGUGAGAACUGGAAAAUUGUUUACAUCUAUUUUUACAAAGUCAUCACCAGCUGGUACAUUCCUGUCUGAUAGCAAGUUACUGCCAAACACUGAAGAACAAAUGAAAGAAACUGCUAUGCUAUGAAUAUUGAUGCUCUGUUAUUAUAAUAGGACCGUAUAAUAUUUAUUGAGCACAAUGAACAAGAACACGCCAAGGAAAACAAAAGUGGGACGACAGUUUGAUGAAUUAAUAACAUUGCACUUUUUAAUGGAAAAUUCUCUAUUCCCAUAUUUAGCUCAAGAGAUGCAUUAUUAAGUUAUUUUGGGGAGUUUAAAUAAUUGGCAUCAACUUUUGACAGAUAUAAAUAUUUAUUGAAAACCAAGAUUGAUUAUUUUAUCUUCUUGUAUUUGUUUGUCUGCCAUCCCCAACUGUUGUUGAGUCUUUAUUAAAUCUGCUGUUCAUGGUUUUAUUAUUUUUCAAGCUCACACUGUCAUUAAAAUAAUUUGCCUUCAGCUCAAGCCAAGUAUUGAACAUAACAUGUUCCUUUUUUCAUAAUUAUCAGACUAAACAUGUCCGACCUCUAUCAUAUCUUUUUAUUCUUGUGCAUAUGUAUAUCAUACAAAAGAGAAGUCCUACCAUGGAAAUAUCUGAACCAUGCCUGCUUGUAUCACUUAUUACAAGGUGUUCCUCUCUUUUCUCUGUUGUUAUUCAAGCCCUAUUGUUUCUACCUGCACACAAACCAUAUUAUUAACAUGCAUUUUGCAAGAAUAAUACAUCAGUAAACUCAGCUGAAGGAAGCUCUAACCACAGUAGAUGAGCUCAGUUGUACAAGAUUGUAUUUUAACAUUUUACUUAUUUUAUUUCCUACAGUAGUUCUAUUUGUGGUAAGACUGUGUAUGUUAAAAAAAAAAAAAAAAGUUUAUGACACUGGCUUCCCUUGUUUUUUUCUGUAUUGCUGUACUUUGUGCAUGUUCUGUAUAUUGCAUUUGAUUCAGAAGCAUAUAGAUGACAGUAAGAGUUUGUCAUAUCAUAUUUAAACUGCUGUGCCUGCUGUGAGGGUGGACUACUGGAUACAGACUUAAAUAUUUUAAUGCUACAAAACAGUCAUGAAUUUGUGAGAUCUUGAUAAAAUCUUGUAUUGCUUGAAAUCAAUAUGUAUCAACGUGUACAUGUACAAAGUCAGCUAACCUCCAAUGCAACAAUAUAUGUCUGUUUUUGACUACCUUUAAUGUGUGGUACAGUCAGGCACAAACAACUAAAAAAACAAAAGCAGGGUUUUUCUGUUUUACAAAAAAUGGAGAGGAAGUUUAAACAGAGGAUACUUUUGUAGAGGAAUAUUUUUCCAAUGUAGUGGCAGUGUUUGUCACACGACCUGUAGCCUCAGCUGAUGAAGACUCAUGCAUCAAGUGCGAAACAAGCAGCUAUCAUCAGUAUGUUAGCUUUUGUCUGCUGCAGUAGCUUGAGUAUGAUCUGUUUUCUGUGCUUAAUGCCAAAUACUGUGCACCUUUAAUGUGGAGAAACAAUACUGUCUUUUUUUUUUUUUUUUAAAUAACUCUUAAUGUACUUUUGUGCCCUGGUGCAUGCAGUGUGUUUUUGUUCUUGUUCUUUAGAGCUCUUAAUGUGUGUUCAUAAUUUGUAGUGCAUUAUUGAAAAUAA